AUGUACUUCCCUACGAUGAUGAGGAGCCUAGUCUUCCUAGGUCUAAUCGCCUUUGCUUUCGGGAACUCACAAGAGGAAUUCUCGGGGGCCAGUGUAACCGAUGGCAAGAUGGGACCUGCUGCUUUUAUGUGGCCUCCUGACAGGGUAUGGUCUGGGGACAUUGAUAACCAGCCUCCCUGUGGAUCACACGAAUCAGUUGGCAACCGAACUAAUUUCCCCAUCACGGGUGGCGCGAUUGCACUGGUCGCCCAAGAUGACUAUUAUGAUGCAAAGAUCAGUAUCUCUUACUCUGAUGAUCCAAAAUCCAACGAUGAUUUCAACACCCUCCUUCAGACCAAGGAGAUAUCUGAUCUUAACCCAGGCCACACCUGCGUGAACCUCACCGGAAUUUCCUCAUCAGUCAAGGCUGGCGACAAGGCGACGUUCCAGAUUGUCUACCGUGCUGACUGGGACGCGCCGCAUAACCAGACCUUUUACGCUUGCUCCGAUAUCACCUUUGUAAAUGCGGCCGAUUUCAAAUUCCGAAUCCCUUGUUUCAAUGCUACUGAGCCCGGACAAGAUGAUAAGAAGAAGAGUGGUGUUACUGCCAACCCUAGUGCUACUGGUAUCCAUAAGCCAACUUUAUCAGGAAGCUCAGAGGAUCAAUCCUCAUCUUCUGGUUCUGGUUCCUCCGGUGGUUCUCAGCUCAGCGGUGGGGCGAUUGCAGGUAUCGUUGUCGGCAGUGUGGCUGGUGUAGGACUGGUCAUUGGUGCAGCUGCCUUGCUCUGGCGUCGUCGCCAAAAGGCGCAGCUUAGGGAGCGCAUCAGGCGGGUCGAGAACGGCGCUCACGGUGAAUCCGGUAAGCCCUAUGGUUCUCAGGCUAGUAUUUGA